AUGUUUUACCUCCCAGACACCAUGGUCAACUGGCCCUGGCCUCGUGCCAUCAAUCCUCAUUUCGAGGAUGUGAAAACGGAAGUCGAUGCUGCGUUCCGUGAUUUCAGGGCUCUGGACCCCAAGUCACAGGAGGCAUUCGACAAGUGUGAUUUGGACCACCUUCGAAUCGGCUGUGAUUUGAUGAAUGUAUUUUUCAUAUUUGACGAGUACACCGACAAAGAAAAUGCGGCAGUCACCAAGGAAAUGAUGGACAUUGUACUCGAUGCCCUACACGAUCCUCAUAAGAUGCGACCAGAAGGUGAAUGUAUCCUGGGUGAAAUUGUGCGACAAUUUUGGGCUCGUGCAAUCCAGACCGCUAGCCAGUCUUUUCAGCGUCAUUUCCUUGACAGUUACACUGCAUACAUUCAUGCAGUAGUUGGCGAGGCUGAGGACCGUGACCAUAGUCAUUGCCGCAGUAUCGAUGACUAUCUCAAGCUCCGUCGGGAUACAUCUGGUGCUGCAGCUUCUCUCACAAUACAUGAAAUGAGUAUGGAGUUUCCUGACGAAGUGUUCUACCACCUUAUGAUCGUGGAACUGCGUCAAUGUGUUGUAGAGCUGAUUGUGGUCGACAACGACAUGGCCUCGUACAACAGAGAGCAAGCAACUGGGGACGAAAACCAUAAUUUGAUUACCGCUAUCAUGCUGGAACUUGGCCUCGACAGAAGCGGUGCGAUGGCUUGGGCAGCACGCUAUCAUACUCAAGUCGGGAAGCAGUUUAUGGACGGUCUUGCACAGUAUUUGGAUGGGAUGGCAGCUUGGGCUCGAGCAAACCAUUGCUGGAGUUAUGAAAGUCAAAGAUACUUUGGCACCGAGGGCACAAAUAUACAGCAAAGUAGGCUUGUACCGUUGUUACCAAAGAUCAAAUACGGCGACGCAUCCUCGAUGACGAAGAGUGUAGAAGACGCGGGUCUCGAGGAAAAAAACGUGCUCAAGUGA